GGUCAUCAACAGAGAAUCAGGCCGGUAUUGUUUUAUAUCAGUUUCUUUCAUAUUAGAGAUUUAAGGCAGUGUGGGUUAUGAGCCGCUCAGCUGCCCGAACCUGGUGGAGGGGCUGCCUCCUUUGGUCCCCAGGCUGGCCGGACUGCUUCUUUGCUUGCCCCUUCUCCUCAGACCUUACCGGCAUGGGUGGCUCUACCAGGAACAUACGUUCCGGCCAGCAUUACUCUUCGGGUCAUUAGGGGACUGAACCCUCCCACCAACAUUAAGGUCUUGCAGUCCCUAGGGAGGGAUGCUAAAGUGUAAAGAACACUAAAAUAUGUGAAUGGACUAGGUAGAAUACCAGCAGAACUGAUUUGAAAUGGAACCAAUGAACUUCUUAGAAACAUAUAACUGGAGAAACAUACUGGAAGAUGAAGAUUUGAAAGUAGCAUACUUUUCAGCAAAACAUAAAGGAUGAUAGAGUGCACAGUAUUUCUGUAGUGAGUAUAGCUAGAGUGUAUGGACAUUGUAAAAUUCUCUUUGUAAACAAAAAUCAAAGGAACAAUCAGGAUAUAGAUGGGGUCAUUUAUAAUUGGUAAUAUAUUUUUUAGGACAGUUAACUGAAGAACAGAAGGAAAUUGCAGUAUAAAAGAAGUUUGUUGAUUUGACAAGAACUUACGAUAAUGUAACUGCUAUAUUAUGUGAUGGAAAUCCUUAAAGAAAAGAUAUAUAAGCACAGAUAAUAUUAAAACAUUACAACAUUUGUGUGAAAAUUCUGCUUAAAAAAUGUAAAUAGGAAAUAAAUUAUGAACAGGUAAUAUAUAUAGUGUAUAGUUGGACAAAAAGUGUAGUUGUAUGGAUAUACCCAUUGGAAAUCAUUUUAUUCCCUUCAUUUCGUAAAUGACCAACUAAUAACCCAAGAUAAAGCGUGAGGUUUUACAUACGUUAAAGAAUUGGAGAAAUUACAGUUUGCAAAGCACUGCCCUGUGCAUGGCGUGGGAAAUUGUGUCAAAUUGGCGGAGUAGCCAACCGUUGUGACGAGAACUACGUAAUGAAAGAAGUGUGUUAUACUAUUAAUGGUCCUUUAUUUUUAUACCAUAUAUUUUAGUUAUCAUGGACAUAUGCCUGGACAUAAUGUGUAAUCUGAACCUAUAACAGUGUUUAUGGAUAAAAGCAUAAAUUGUGGGUGAGAAGUUAACAUGUCGAAGUUGCUAAUUUGUACGUAAGAAGCCAAUGUGCGUUCCAUGCUUUUAAGGUUAUGAUUGUCAUGUGUUGCGUUUAAUGCAUCGGUUAUUUCGUUUGAAUUAAUAAUUUUGGCGUUCGAAGAAAGAAGCACCAUUUGAAGUGAAAUGCUUGUGAAAACAUGUUUUUUGUCGUAAUAGUAUUGUGUGUUUAGAUUCUCUGUCGUGUAGUCUGGUUAAGGAGAUUUUUAAUUUUGGUAACUCGGCAGGUUUUUUGGUCUUCAUAGGCUACAGAGUUAAGUUACAAUAUUUUUUCGCAAGUUUGUAGAUCAUAUUUGAAGUAAGUUAUUGUAUAAUGUAAUUCUAGCAUAAAAAUCUGUAUCUUUGAGGGGAUUCGUCAGAAGUAACGAGAGUGUGACAUAAUGUCAAAAAACUUGUACUGAAUUAUAAGCGAAACCGAGGAAUGUACAAUUUGUGUUAAGUAGAACCUCAACACAGUGCUACAUGCAAAUUAAUUUUGCUGUGAUUUGCACUUGCUUUUGUGGAGUAAUAUCCGUUUCCAGGAAUAGGAAUAAACUAUAUGUACUGUUUCAGUCUGCCUAUUCUUGCAUAAUAGAAGUGUUGCUAGAAGAAUGGCCAAUGAAAUGGAAAAGAAUAAUGUUAAAGUGGGUGAUUACAUAGUUAUCCAGAGACAGAAUUACACUAAACUGCAUAAAGUGACUUUGAAGGGUAUUGUAAUGUUGGGAAAAGAUCAGUUAGAACUGGGACCAAUUAUUGGCAGACCUGUAUGGAAGACUUACAAAAUGAUACCAAAGAAGAAUGGAAAACGUGUUUUUGUGCUGAAAGAAUGUGAUAACUAUGAAUCCCUAGCAGAACAAUUAAAAAAGGAUGUGUCAUGUGGAUCAGAUAACAGAAAUAUAUUUGAUGAUGGCAGAUCUCAGUUGCUAUCUACAGAAGAGAUAGUGAGCUUGCGUACCAGUGGUAUGUCUGGACAAGCUAUUGUUGGACAGUUGAUUGAGAACAGCAAAACAUUUCGGGACAAGACAGAGUACUCACAAGAGAAGUACUUAAAAAAGAAAGAGAAAAAAUACUUUGAGUAUAUAACAAUCCGAUGGCCAACUAUAAGACUUAUAACUGAGGUCAUGUACCGUACAGAUCCAUUGAAGAUCAUGGGUCUUCGCAUGGAUACGUUAUCACAGAUUUUGACCAUUGUUGGCAUACAUACCCAUGGUACAUACAUGGUGUAUGAGAGUGGAUGCCAAGGGCUUGUAGCAGCUGCCAUGUUGAACAACAUCAAUAUUGGUGGACAACUUGUCCAUAUCCAUCCUGGAAAUUUGCCUCAGAAACAAGCAAUCCUUGCAAUGAAUUAUGACAAUGACAAAAUGUCUUGUCUUAUUAGUGUUAAUAUAUAUAGUCUCCUUCGAAAGCUUCAAGAAAAUUCUGCAUCAGAUGAAAACAAUGUUGAAGUGAACAAGAAAGAAAGUGUAAUUAAUGAGAGCUUUUUAUCAGAAUCUGAAAGUGACAAUAAAGCAAUAAAGAAUGAGGAAAAUUCUUCAAAUGAUGUAAUUGAUACAAAGGAAAAUGUUAUAACUGAAAAAGGUUCUGGAAGUGGUAGAUUGGUAUGCGAUUCUUUGAAGAAGGAUGAUAAGGAGUUUGUGGAGGAAAAGGAAAUAACUUUAAAUGUAGUUCAUGAAAGAAAGAGGAAGCAUUCUGACCCAGGUGAAAGCAUGUCAAAGAAGCCACGGUGGGAGCUAGAAACUGAGAAGGCAGCUGACUUUCUCAGGCCAUCCAAAGCAGAUGGCCUAGUAAUAAUUUCUCGUGAACACCCUUCCAACAUUUUGACUGCUUUGUUGCCAUAUGUUGCUCCUUCAAGACCAUUUAUUAUAUUUUGCCCAUAUCGAGAACCACUUUUGGAAAUAUACAUACAACUUAAGAGAAAGAACAAUACUGUUGGACUUCGAGUAACAGAGACAUGGCUUCGCUCUCAUCAGAUCCUGCCAAGCCGCACACACCCAGACAUCUUGAUGAGUGGGAGUGGAGGAUAUCUUUUGACUGGGAUAGUUGUGGAAUGUAGCACUAGCACUAAUACACAGGAAUCAGGUUCAUCACUGCAGUAAUGCUGUUGUAAAUGGCUGCAACAGAAUUUUUAUUCAUUAUUUAAUAAAGUGAAAGAAUGUGGAAAUUAUGCAUUUUCUGAAAAGAAAA